AUGAGUCAAGAACAGCCGCAGAGAUCGCCGGAGCCCGUCAAGUACGGCGACGUCUUCAACGUCUCCGGCCAACUCGCUUCGCAGCCCAUCGCCCCACAGGAUGCCGCCGCGCUGCAGGCGGCGGAGACUGCCGUCUACGGCCAGACCAUCAAGGGUGGUCCCGCCUCGGUCCUCCAAUCAGCCGCCGACUUCAACGAACAGCACGGCGUGGUUGGCCACGACGACAUGACCGGCGCCGUAAGAGACGGUGGCGCAACCAUCGACGAAGCCAAUAUCGGAGGCUACCGUGUUGUCACCGAAGCUGUUGGUGGUCAAGUGGUGGGGCAAUACGGUCUGCCGGUGGAAAUGCAAAUUGAUGAGUCUAAAUCGACAUCGGCGGGUGAUGCUGUGACAAUCGGAGAGGCACUGGAGGCAACAGCUCUCUCCGCCGGAAACAAGCCGGUCGACAAGAGUGAUGUUGCUGCGAUACAAGCGGCCGAGGUUCGCGCCACCGGGCUCGGCCACAUUGUGCCUGGGGGCGUUGGGGCUGAGGCCCAAUCCGCGGCAGCACGCAACAUGCAGACCACCAGGGAUGAGGAGAAGACCACGCUGGCAGAUGUUUUAACUGAUGCGAGUGAGAAACUGGUGGGUGAUAAGCCGGUGACAAGGGAGGAUGCGGAGGGGGUCACAUAUGCUGAGGUCAGGAACAAGGAUGAUCUAUCCACCAACCCCGGGGGCGUCGCUGCGGUUGUUGCCGCUGCGGCAAGGCUUAAUCAGAAGUGA